AUGCGCUUCCACACCAUCCUCGCCGCCACAGCCGCGCUCGGCGCUUCCCUCGUCUCCGCCCAAAUCCAGCCCGAGGGCAACCGGAUGGGCACCACGUACCCGCCCGUCUGCGGCAACGCCUGUGGACCCAUCUUCAUCCGCCAGCGCAACUGCGAGGACCGCCGCGCCUACGACAGCCAGGAUGAGUGCGUCUGCGACUGGGACGGCGCCAAGAGCCAUAUCCCCGAGUGCCAGGCGUGCACGCGCUUUGCUGAUAGCAACAACGAUAACUUGCGGGCGCUGAACCACUACAUCAACGAGUGCGACCUGCAGCGGACGACCGUGUCCGGCUCGAAGCCAACCGCCAUGCCGUACGCCGCGGCCGGUGCCGUCGCGAUGGGUUUGAUGGCUGCGUUGUAA